AUGUCUGCAGCUAACUUCGGCAGGGAUUUCGCCAUCGCCAUCGGUGUUGCUGCUGGCGUGACCAUCGCUGCACUUAUUGUCUUUUGCGUACUGGCUCAUUGCGGUCCAAGUCUGUGCGGGCUAGGCAGGAAAGACCGGCGGUGGUUCGCAUCAGACGUUGAAAAUCAGAGGAAUCCCGGAACAGAAUCGCCGUUCAUAAGAACCUUCGGCAUACACAUCGACGAUAACAUCGAAGCAACUUCGAGACACGCUAGAAGCGAAAGCGUGGCGGACGAGACACAAACAGACCACGGCGAGAACGUUGAUUCGUAUAACCUAGACGUCAGGUCAUACUAG